UGGGUGGGGACUUGGGGGUCUGGGAAGGUCUAGGAGGAGUUAGUGAACUGGUGAGAAGAUCGCUGUGAGAUUUGGAUUCACAUAGCAAGGGACAGGGCACAGAGCAUCUUCUCCUAUCAAGGAGUGCGUUAUUUUCUCCAACCUGGAUACUUUGAGCCAGUCCAGAAAGAUGAGGAACUCUUACCUCAGCAAAGAGGAUAAAAAGUUAAUGAAACCGGUAAUAGAGAAGCGAAGAAGAGACCGCAUAAACCAGAGCCUGGAACAUCUGAGGAUGCUUCUUCUGGAAGCCACCAAAGAUGAGUCUCUGAAAAAUCCCAAAACAGAGAAGGCUGAUAUUCUGACAAAGACGGUGCAUUUUCUGAAACUGUGCCAUGAGCCAGGUACAGAGGAUGCAAUGAAGACCAAGUCUGGGUUUAAAGGUGGAUUUCAGGAAGGACUGAGCCAAGCUGCUACCUUCUUAAAUUCAACUGCCAGCAUUUCUGAGACAAAGAGAGGUUAUGUUGUGGAGAAACUUUGUCAACACAUGGAAAACAGAACUUUCAAGAGUUUGAUAGAACCUGCACAAGAGGGACCACUGGGAGUUAAUCACAGGGAGACCAUCCCAAGCCUACCUCAGAUCUCUAGGAUUCCAGUAGAACUGAAAAAAACGGACCAAUGUCCUGAAAGACAGUCUUGCACACCACUUCCCCAAAACUACCAAUCCUCCUCCAGUUCCGUUGAAGUGUCUGGUUUUAGGCCAGAAUCUCCGUCUUCAACGCAAAAAGUCCACACGAACAGCUCAAAAGAAUCCGUGCAAAGAACACUCUUUCCCGCUCCUACCUCAAACUCUCAUGUACCUCCAACCCUUGUGUGGAGACCCUGGCCAUAAAUCGUUACUUUUUUUUAUUUUAUUUUUUGGUAUUUUUUUUUU